AUAUAGUUAGGUUUGGGGUCUAAUCAAUGAUUAAUUAUAUUAUAUUGAAUGAACAUUUGUGUUGGCAGUCAAAGCUGACUCUCCAUGACCAGCCUUCAGGACAAAAUGAUUCCCAUUCCCACAUUUUAUUCCUUAACUGAUACCACCUAAGCCGAACCUCUUCUUUGGUUUUUUGCAGACCUUUUGUAUCUCAAACGUCAAAUGUUGUAGCAGUCACCAUCUCUUCAAUAUUUUCUAUUCCCCCUGAUGACUAACAUAGCAUCAGAAAACGUAAUCGAAAAUAGUAAUCGUCUUGUUGCCAUUCAUAUAGCUUUUGAAUAUUUCUGCAACUUGGAUUGAUCUUGAAGGAGCCUAACCGGAAUAUAUUAUAAUUAUUAAUAUUGCAGUAAAUUAUCAGCCAAGUGCUCAUUUUAAGCACAUAAACAAUAGCACCUAUAUAUAUAUAUAUAUAUAUAUAUAUAUAUAUAUAUAUUUCCUGGCUCCAUCUGGUCUCAUUAGGAAUAGUACCAUUCCAGUCAAAUAAGUUAUAAAAAUGGGAUUUUGGGGUCGAUAUUAUCAGUGGAAAGCUAUGAGAGGUUCUGCACACCAAUCAUGGCUCUGUAAUCUGUACCAAAUAUGUUUUUCUAGUAGUAAUGCGGCUUCAUGUGAUUCAAAGUCAAUGAAUUAGCUCACUUUUAGAAAUCUAAUUUCUUUAUCUUUUCUAUCUUUUUUUUUUCUUUUUGUUCAUCAUUUGUAGGAUGCAUUGUAUAUUUCCAUCGUUUGGGCCUUUGCUGUCAUCAGUUGUUGUUUAAGUUCUUUCAUGUUUCAAUUAUAAUCCAUUACUUGAGCAACCCCUUCUUCGUGUGACGUUGGUCUUUCUUUACAUCAAUCUUUGUGGCUUUCUCCCAUUUAUUUCUUAUUUGUCUCCUGGUUUUAAGUGUUCAUGCCUGUAGUUUGGCUUGACUUCUAAGAAGCCGUGAGAAGACAACAUGGGAGGGAACGUGGAAGAAAAGGUCAUUCUUGAUGGAGAGUCUAAUAAGGAUAUGAUACUAGAACAUGAACUCGAGGAAUCUCUUUUGGCUUCUUUACCCAAAUCACAAACUAGCAGGCCAAGCAGCAUGGUUUUCAAGAAAUCACAUAGUGUGAUACCUGCUCACUUGGUUGCCGAAGCCAUUUCCACUCUGCAUGGCCUCGACCUGAGGUGGUCAGGCCCGAUAACGCCGAGUGAGAUGCAAUAUGUUCAGCAGUAUGUGUUUGCAAAGUACCCUCAAUAUUGCAAUGGUCUUGUGGAAGAGGACACCAACAAAAUUGAUCACCUCGAUAAUCUCUCUAUUAAGGAGGCAUCUUCAGAGACCGGCCUACCCGACGAAAAACGCAAGUCCCCCAAGAGUGUUUGCACUAGUAUUCUCUCCGACCUCGACAAAACCCAGUUGCACCCAUCUAGACUUCUUGAUAUCCUCACGAAGAAAUCUUCUUUUCAAGGGAGUUUCAUUUCAAUCCCGGAAAUCCAGGCUAGGAACCGAGCCUUGGAUCAUUGUGGACUAUCAGAGAAGGACUACUUGGUUCUUUUCAUGCCCAACUACAAGGAUGCUAUGAUGAUGAUUGGGGAGAGCUAUCCCUUCUUAAGGGGCAAUUUCUACAUGACCAUUAUCAGCGAGGAGUUGGAUCACAUAAGGGAAUUUGCAGCUCAAAAAGAAUCAAAGGUGGUUGCAGCACCAGAAACUUGGUUGGACUUGAGGAUCAAAGGGUCACAGUUAAGCCAGUACUUCAGGAGGAAGUGUAAGCACAUUCCAAAGGGACUUUUCUCUUACCCAGUCUAUUUGAGUGGGACCAGGUACUCUCUGCAUUGGAUCUCAGAGGCACACCGGAACUCAUGGCAUGUUCUGCUUGACGCAACAGGCCUGGAUUUUGGCGAGGAGCGGCUGGCCCUUGCACUGCACCGGCCUGACUUUGUGUUGUGUUUACUUGAUAACAAACACGGUCAGCCUUCCAAGAUUACUAGCCUCCUGAUCAGGAAAAAGUCAUUUGAUACUAUGGCAUCCUUGGCCUAGUUUCCUAACUAAUUAGCAGGGCUUGUACUUGAUAAUUAAGGAUAUGAGUCUAGAACAGCUUCACCCCUUAUACUUUUUAUGCACCAUGUUUUGUAUUCCCUUUUGUUUCUGACAGAUCCAUAGAAUAAUAGCUCUUCAAGUUUUCCCACCGCAACCUUGAGAACCCUGGUGCUCUAACUGGAUGCUAUCAAAGGUUUUCAUUGUUUAUGCCUCUUUAACAAUUUUUAUUUAAGAAGCAAUAGCCCGUCUGACAUUUA